CAUACUUGACGUUGUUAGCCACCACGUCCAAAAGUCAGCCUCCUGGAUAGAAGUCAGAUUAGAAAAUGUUUAUCUGCUUUAGAUGUUGCUUCACACAUCCCUCAUCAAACGUCCCUCUCGUACUGCGGAAAUGAAAGCUCGACUGGCCUUUGAUCUCCACUGUCGACACCUUUGCACCCCACGUUGCCUCGAGCAGCUGCUAGCUAACGUCAACGUGCUACUUCCUGCUUGUGUUAGCGACCCUCUGUAGAAGGGUGAACACAUCUGGCAGUUCGUGACUAUCAGAUGUGUUGCAAUUAAUAGGCGUUGAUCAACAUUAAACAGAUGGUGCAGCAUCAACAACAGGAUGUCUCAAGAACAUCAGAAGAUGCCUUAGUCUUACAAUCAUUGCUUCAGACCCCCUUUUGCAUAUUUUCUGUCAGGCCCCUCACCAUUACAGGGGUCCAGGGCAGCAGGGGCAAUGCCGGGCAGCAGGCACUCACUGUGGCGCUUUCUGGUCCCGUUUCACAUUCGUCAGGAGCGAGUGGUGUUAGCCCGCAGUGAGAGUCUACCAAGUGACCAGGUGCUAAAGAUCACGGUCACAGAGACCACUGUGAUCAAGGCCGGUCACGGGGUCUGGAAACGGCGCUCCCUUGUCUACCUGGGCCUCUGGUACUUCUUCAGCUUCUGCACCCUCUUCCUCAACAAGUACAUCUUGUCACUGCUGGAGGGGCAGCCGAGCAUGCUGGGUGCUGUUCAGAUGCUCUCCACCACCAUCAUUGGCUUUCUCAAGAUGUUCAUGCCCUGCUGCCUUUACCAACAUAAGUCUAGGAACGAGUUUCCCCCCAACUUCAUCAUGAUCAUGCUCUUUGUUGGACUGAUGAGGUUCACCACAGUGGUUUUGGGCUUGGUAAGCCUGAAGAACGUGGCGGUGUCAUUUGCAGAGACUGUGAAGAGCUCCGCACCCAUCUUUACUGUCAUCAUGUCCAGGUUGAUUCUUGGAGAGUACACAGGAAAGUGGGUGAACCUCUCCUUGUUUCCCGUCAUGGUGGGCCUGGCGCUCUGCACGGCCACAGAGUUGAGCUUCAACGUGCUGGGAUUCUCCGCUGCGCUCUCCACAAACAUUAUGGACUGUUUACAGAACGUGUUCUCCAAGAAACUGCUGAGUGGCGACACGUACAAGUUCAGCCCUGCGGAACUGCAGUUUUACACCAGUGCAGCAGCAAUCAUCAUGCUCAUCCCAGCCUGGAUUUUCCUCUUGGAAACCCCAAUGACUGAGAAGAGUGGACCGAGCUUCACCUUCAGUCGAGAUAUCAUCUUGCUGCUGCUCUUCAAUGGCGGCCUGUUCCACCUGCAGAGCGUCACCGCCUACGCUCUCAUGGGACGCAUUUCUCCUGUUACUUUCAGUGUUGCUAGCACGGUGAAGCACGCCAUGUCUGUCUGGCUGAGCGUCAUCGUGUUCAGCAAUCAGAUCACUAUGCUCAGCGCCACGGGCACCGUUCUCGUGUUCGUCGGAGUCUUCUUGUACAACAAAGCCAGGCAGGCCCAGAGGGAGCGCUUACAGGCCAUGGUUGCUCUGCAGAACUACAAACAACGAGCACAGGACCAAGACCUCCAGCAAGGCCCUGAGGCUCACUGACGACUUUAAACGGAAUCAAGACAUGGGAUGAUGCACAAAUUGCAGUAAUGGAGGUCCAACUAUUUACUUGAUCGACAUUCCAGGUAUCAAUUUGGAAAGGGGCUCAUGUUGGACGUUGCAAAACCUUCUGUGGAACAUUUUUUUACAACACUCAAGCCUCAUUCUUUUCCUUUGACGACCACUAAAAAUGGGGAAGCUCAGGGUGUUCAGCUGUAAGACUUGCAAGCUUCGUCUUACAGUUUGUCUUACAGAGUGUGCCAGCUAAUAUCUUCUGUGGUACAGCAGCUACUGAAUGUAUGCCGUCUGUUUGACAUUGGAGCCAUAGUCUUAUAUUUACGCAUACACAAGAGACUGAAGGGUUCUCCCGUCAAAGACUAGAUUUAGACCACUAUGACACAUUUGGAAGACUUGUCUGAAACACAUGGCGUGCAGAUUUCUGCAUUCGGGGAAUGCUAAUCCUCAAUCAUGACCUUUUUGCAGUGCAUGCUGGGAUUGGAGCUGAAGCACCUUAAAGAGGUGAAACAAGUGCAGGAGUUUGAAUGAGUGAUUGUGGUGUUGUAACUUUCCAAGCAAGUAACCAUGCACAAAAUACUCCUACACAUGGAUGUACACAGGAGCAUCAAGUGUGUCCUUUUUUUUUUAUAUUUUAUUUUAUUUUUUUUUUUUGAAUAAAGAAAAAAAGGGUCUUACACAUGAAAAUAUAGCAUAUGGGCAAAAGUACUGAGACACCUGGCCACAACAGAUGUAGGGACUUUUUUUUAAAUGCUGUUUUUCCCUGUACAUUUUUUUGUGGUGGUUUGGCGCUAUCUGUUUGCCCUAGUUCAUAAACACAUUAUAUUGGCACUGUCUGGGGAUGUACUUAUGUUCCAACUCCGUACAUUAGAUGACAUCAUAACAUCAUAACUCUGCUUCUUAAAACACCUCACUUUGUUGCUUUGCUGAUCUUGUUGGACACUUUUGGAGACUAACAUGAAAGCAUGUAUUUUCCCAGCGAGCCACCUACACCCUCCUCUCCCCAAUUUAAAAUCACUCAAGCAGUUUUUCUUUUGACAUAAAUAAAAGCAAAAAGAAGCAACAGAAGAAGAAAGUUUGUAUUCUAAACAGAUGUUUUGCUUUUCAUAUUUUUUGCUCACUUUUUGUCUCCCACAGCGUUCAUUUAAAUUCUCUAAAAUGGGAGGAAACAUGGACAUGCUUACCCUUUUGUAGCUCUAACAGCUUUUGGAGCUCCCUCUUCCGAGAGACGUUGCAUUGUCGCUUCUGUCCAAGUAGAACAUUUAUGAGGUUAAGAGGUCACUGAUAUUGGACCUUAGACCGUCCCAAAAAUUUGGAAGCCUGCAAUAUCCAAAAUAUCUUUAUUAUUCUUUUAAGAGGUGUUUCUCAUUACUUUUGUCCAUAUUAAGUCCAUUUACCUCAAAAUGGUUGUGAUGGUGCACAUGUGUGUACAUCUGCUGUUUUCUUUCUUUCAUAAGAACUUGAGUGUCACAUGUUGCAGCACAGGCACCUUGGCUACCAAUCUAAAAACACAUUUUAAUAGUACCCUUUUCAUAAUGUUUCUCUAUUAUUAUGACAAGCAUUUCUUUAGGCUAGUGCUGAAAGGGACAUGUUUGCUCAUUGUGGCUUUUCUUUUUUGCACUUGGCAGUUCCUCAACAAGCAGUAUAUUUUACUUGUAUUUGGCACAGGACUUUGCCAUUUUAAGUUUUUUUUUUAGGCAUGUUUGUGUUGUUUUUUUUUAAUUUAAAAAGCAAUUCUUGGCUGUUUUAUUUUUUCAAU